AUGUACAAUUUAAAACCAUUCCCUGGUAUUGAAAUAACUGGCAGACCAGCAACGCCAAGCAAUAGCAACAACACAACUUCUCAAAAUUUUCUCCAACAAGUAAAAAUGAAGAAGGGAACUACAGCAGGCAUUCGAUCUUCAUCUCCUUCCUUCUCUGCACGACCUCUUGGUGGAGGUGUGGGAAGUAGUGGUAUUGUUGUUGGUGGUAGUGUAAAUGGAUUUGGAAAUAGUGGUUCGCCAUCUUCGGGUGGUAGUGGAAUUGUUGCUAUUGUUUCUUCGAGUACACCAUCGGGUUCUUCUCGAUCAAAACAAUUAUCCUCUGCCAAGCCAGGAGGUAAAAACAAAUUAAAUUCUCUUAGUAGUAGUAUUGGAACAACAGGUAGUGGAAAUACAAAUUCUUCAGGAGCACUGGAUCCAAAAGUUACCUCACCAAAACCUAACUCAUCCCCUCUCAUACAUUUCUUCUCAUCUACAGGAGGAGGUAAUAGUAAGAGAUCAAUUUCAUCAGCAGGAAAUGUUGGAGACCAUCAUGCACCAAUGAGGAAUUCUUUCAGUGUCAAUGCAACUGGAAAUUCGGGCACUCUUGGUUCUCUCUCCAAUAAGCAACCUCUUACACCAUUGGGAAGGAAGAAAGAUGGUGAGCGAAGAGAUUUUCAAUCUCUAUCACCAUCUUCUCGUCCAAUAGCACCUCUAACCCUUUCAAAUAAGCAACCCCUAACUCCAAUAACAGCCUCACAUUAUGUUGAAGAUGAAGAAGAGAUUGAUGUUGAGGCCUCAUACAUUACACCACAUGCGACCUUAUCAAAGAACUCUUUCGAUGUACAGUCAACAACCGGACCAAUGAAACAAUAUGAUUCAAUCUCUCCCACCAAAGUUCCUCUCCUCUCACCACCACCAAUUCCGAAAAACAAAUUGAAUUUACAAUAUAGAAUUAAGAAGGCAAAUAACGCUGCAAAUCCAAAUGAUCCAAAUGGUGGAGCAGCUACAAGUGAAAAAGCUCUCAAAGUUUCAGUUUACAGCAAACAAAAACCAAUGUGUGAUGAAUCUACUCACCCAACAGGUGAAGAUGCAUACUAUUGUUGUUAUAGUACAAAACAUGAAGUUUAUAGUUUUGGCAUUGCAGAUGGAGUAGGCGGUUGGAUGGCAUUCGAAAUUGAUCCAUCCUUAGUAUCACGUCAAUUAAUGUGGAAUUGUAAAAUGCUACUCUGUGCAGACCAAAUCAAUCAAAUCAUUUCAGAGAAUAAUUACACAAUACCUAAAGAAUAUGAAUCAACUGUAAUGAAAGCAUUGGAACUUCCUCAAGUUAUUCAUCCAAAAAUACUGUUAGAAAGAGCUUUUAGAUUAAUGACUGAACUGAAUCAAGUGAAGGCUGGAGGAACAACUGCUUGCGUUCUCUUCCUUAAACCUCUUCCUCAAAACUUGUACCAAUUAUCAUAUGCCAACCUAGGAGAUUCAGGCUUUGCAGUCGUAAACAAACAGAAGAAUAAGGUUAUUUACAGAACUAAGGAACAACAACACUACUUUAAUGCACCUUAUCAAUUGUCCAUCAUACCGCCAGAAUUGGACAGUGAUGAGCUGAUAAAGGACGAUCCAAGUAGUGCUGAUUUACAAAUUAAUUGUUGCACAUUACGAGAAGGUGAUUUUAUCAUCCUUGCAACAGAUGGACUUUUUGAUAAUUUAUUUGACCAAGAUAUCUUAAAGAUAAUGAAAGCUGGAACUAGUUGUCAUAGUAUUGCUAAAAAAUUAGUUCAGGAAGCUGUCAAGAGAUAUAGCUCUCAGAAUUUACCAAUCCAUACACCGUUCUCCAUGGGUUUAAGCAAAAUGACAGGAGAAUUUAAACGCCAUGGAAAAUCAGAUGAUGUCACAGUUUGUUGUGUUAGUGUAUGCUGUAAUUAAGUUUACAUAAGACACACAAUCGUGAUAUAAUAAUUUUAAAUAUUAAAUAUUUAUACUAAAAUCUAGAUUAACAUUUCAUAUCAAUAUUCCAAUGGUUUUUCAUUGCUUGUUCAAAAGUCAAUGUUGAUUUUUGAUUUUUGUCCUUCUUACUUUCAGCUCUUUCAAUAACAUCAAGCCACUUUCUGACAAGGGAAUCACUAACUUCAGCAUUAUACAUGGCCAUCUUUUUGCUGAUUUCCUUAUAAUCGUCAAGUGUAGUUCCCUUCAAUUUGGCAAAUAAAUCUUCCCAUGAACUGAAUGUAAUAAUAUUAGGCCAUUGAUAGAAAUCAGAGUAUUGAUUCCAAAAUAAGACACUAGUAUAAUCAACAUCAUUGUUUGGAUCAAAGUUUGGAAGAUUGGCAUUUGGGUGUUUCUUCAUUUCUGAAGGAGAUCCUUUAGCUCCAACAUUACCUCCAGAACCAACCAAACCCCAUGUUCUUUCACUCAAAAUACGAGUGUCAACAUGCCAUUUAGUUAAUAAUUCAAUAGAUGGAGCAUACAUUGGAAUAUUCAUUCUAUAAUAUUCGAAAAAGCUCAUAACUGAUACUUGAUAUGGAAUAAUAAUAAUGGCUGGAUGAGCGGCCAAGUCAGAAUAUUUGAAAUGGCUGUACAAUUGACGAAUUCCCUUAAUUUGAAUCUUAUUUCCAUCUUGAGAAAUUAAUCUAUUAAUUGUUUCAAAGAAAGCUCCACUUGC